AUGUCCAACAACGAAUUCAUAAAUGGUACCAAUGCAAGUUUCAUUUCAACGUCAUCUGACAUCACUUGGGACAAGGCACUUGUUGCAUUUGUGUUAUACGCAAUUACAAUUACUACAAUCGUUGGAAACGUUCUUGUGUUGGUAGCUGUGAAGAUGAAUAAAAAGUUGCAGACGACAUUUAAUUAUUAUAUAGUAAACUUGGCUAUUACUGACGUUGCUGUUGCCAUUACGGCAAUGAGUUUUAUGGCUACACAUACGUUUCUGGGAUACUGGCCGUUUGGGGAGGUGCUCUGCGCCAUCUGGAUUUUCUUUGACUACGGUAUGACGUUUGUGUCAGUGUUCACACUCCUCUUAAUAUCAGUUGACAGAUUCUGGAGUGUAAAGUGGAGUGUCCAUUAUAGAAAGUAUCAUACAAAAAGGAAGUGCAUCAUUUCUAUUGUCUGCGUGUGGCUGUUUAUGUUGGUUCUUUGGGUACCACCUUGGAUACUGGAUAGAGUGCGGUACAGCAAACCUGGGAUCUGUUUCUGGGACCCAUCACUAAACAAAGAAUUCGUCUUCAUCGUGGCGAUUCUUGGACACCAUGGCCCCUAUUGUAUUAUGAUUUUCUGCUAUACUCAGGUGUUUUUGUUUAUGCAUAAGCGCGCAAAAGUUUCAGAUUCCAUUCGAGGAAGUACCCGACCAUCUAAUCAAGUGAACGCUAGCAUUGCGAAUGAUGAAAGUGAUGUUAAUGUUUCCUCUUCGAUACCAAAACGAACAAUUUUGCAGGUGCAUCCUAUAAGAGCAUUCUCACCACCGCCUUCCGUGGACAGAAGCGUAGACUUUUCAAAUGUUCCCAUAACUGUUAGUUAUCUUCGAGUUCCUGAACCUGUUACUUCUUCUGUUAACAGUCAGUCUCUAUCGGUCCGUGAAAAUCGUUUGAUACGUGACCGGAAAGCCUUUGUGACACUGACCUACAUACUUAUCGGAUAUGCUAUUCUUUGGCUGCCUUUUCAUAUAAUUUUUGAUAUUAGUAUCAUUAAUCCAGGUUUGGUCCCUGAACCAGUGUUGAAUAUGGGGUUUUGGAUGGCAUAUUUCAACUCGACAAUCAAUCCAAUCUUGUACAAUUUCAGCAGUUUGGAAUUCAGGAAUUCAUUUAAAAGAAUUUUAACUCGAUGUAAAUGUUAAGUGCCUGAUAAACAGAUGUAGUGGUUAAACGAACAUACCCAGUUGUCACUUAUAAUUCUAGGAAUUAGUUAGAGUUUUUUCUCUUAUAUCAAAUGUAGAGUUCAUUAAUACGAGGCUGGACUAAGAGCCCAAGAGUCAUAUGUUCGAUUCCCAGCUCCUCUACACUAUCCGACAUUAUUUUGGAUUAUGAGAUCAUUCAUUGACUGCAGAUGGGAAUAUCCAGUUCUCAUGUAGCGGUGACUGCAAAAAGUGACAAAAUAGCGGGAUAUUUCUAUCAUUUCAUUGCAUGCCAUAUUCAACGAAUAACAGUGAAAAUAAAUUAAAUAGAAAAGUGGAAAUCCGCAGUCCCAGUUUGACUGAGCCUAAUCGCGGACGGUAGUGCAGAAAUACAAACUGCCUAGCAUGUCCUGUAGUGAAUAUCUUUCUUCUUUGCGCUAUCGUUUACGGUAGUUUGUUUGUUGUUUUUUUUGUUUUUGUUUUUUUUAUUGUUGUUUUUGUUUAAAGAAAAAGCUAACACAAAGAAAGACAUUAUUCUUUAAGUGGGACUUUUCACUAAAUCCUGCAAGUUUUAAUAACUUUCUCAUACCUGAAUUAACUGAAUUAAGCAAAGCGUU